UUGUAUAUAUAAACAAGGGGUGCAUAUAGUCUCUUUUCACAUAUCCAAAUUUUGUUUUGCAAAACAAAUUUCAUUCAUAAAAAUGUCAUCAUUCAUUCAUCAUGUGUUAGUGUCACUUCUUAUUUGUGUUUUGUGGCAAGAACCUACCUUAGCUAUAAAACAGUCCUACAUAGUAUACUUAGGAUCACAUUCUUUUGGUCCAAAUCCUUCAUCAUUUGAUAUUGAAUCUGCCACAAAUUCUCACUAUGAUUUACUUGGAUCUUACCUUGGAAGCAAUGAGAAGGCCAAAGAAGCAAUAUUUUAUUCCUACAAUAAAAAUAUUAAUGGCUUUGCUGCAAUACUUGAUGAAGAUGAAGCUGCAAAAAUUGCAAAGCAUCCUAAUGUAAUAUCAAUUUUCUUGAACAAAAAAUACGAACUUCAAACUACGCAUUCAUGGAAUUUCCUUCGGUUAGAGAGUAAUGGUGAAAUUCCAAAGGAUUCAAUAUGGAAGAGAUCGUUUGGUGAAGACAUCAUAAUUGGAAAUUUAGACACUGGUGUUUGGCCUGAAUCCAAGAGUUUUAGUGACGAAGGAAUGGGACCGAUUCCAAAAAAAUGGCGUGGGAUUUGUCAAGUUGAUAACCAGAAUCAAGAUAAAUUUUACUGCAACAAAAAGCUUAUCGGAGCAAGAUAUUUUUACAAAGGUUAUCUAGCAAAUAAUGGUAAAGGUCUUAAAAAUGUAUCAUUUAACAGUGCACGCGACUUUGAAGGACAUGGUACGCAUACUUUAUCAACUGCUGGAGGAAAUUUUGUUGCAAAUGCAAAUGUAUUUGGUUAUGGCAAUGGAACAGUAAGCGGUGGAUCGCCAAAAGCACGAGUUGUAUCCUAUAAGGUUUGUUGGUCACCUGAAAGUGGAUGUUAUGAUGCAGACAUUUUGGCUGCUUUUGAAGCUUCCAUAAGUGAUGGUGUUGAUGUGCUUUCUGUUUCUUUGGGAAGUUUCCAAGUAGAAUAUUAUGAAACUGGUCUUUCUAUAGGGUCGUUUCAUGCAGUUGCUAAUGGCAUUACUGUAGUGAGUGCUGCUACAAAUUAUGGACCUUAUCUUAGUUCUGUAGGCAACUUGGAACCAUGGGUGUUCACAGUUGCUGCAAGUACUAUUGAUAGAGAGUUUAAUAGUUUUGUUACCCUUGGUAACAACAAAACACUCAAGGGUGCUAGCUUUUCAGAGAUGGAAUUGCAACCUCAUAAGAUGUAUCCAUUGAUAAGUGGUGCUGAUGCCAAAUAUGAUAAUGCAUCAUCCAAAGAUGCCCUUAAUUGCACUGGUGGAACUCUUGAUCCAAGAAAGGCUAAGGGGAAAAUAUUGGUUUGUCUUCAAAAUCAAGAUGAUUGUCACUUUCUUUGUAGAACUAACAAGGGUGUUGAAGCUGCUCGUGUAGGUGCUGUUGGAAUGAUUUUGGCUAAUGAUGAGAAUUCAGGGAGUGGAAUUCAAGCUGACCCUCAUGUGGUUCCUUCUUCAUAUGUUAACUUUAUAGAUGGCAGUUACAUUUUUAAUUACAUUAACCACACCAAGUUUCCUGUGGCUUACAUUUCUAAAGUGGUAACACAAAUGGCUACAAAGCCAGCUCCUUUUAUUGCUUUCUUUUCAGCAAGAGGACCAAAUCCUGUUGAGCCAACAAUCCUCAAGCCUGACAUCACGGCACCGGGAGUCAACAUAAUUGCUGCUUACGGUGAAGCUAUAUCUCCCUCAGAACAAGCAUCUGAUAAACGCAGAACUCCUUUCAGUGUUAUGUCAGGAACAUCAAUGUCAUGUCCACAUGUUGCUGGCCUUGUUGGACUGCUUAAAUCUAUUCAUCCUGAUUGGAGUCCAGCCGCUAUUAAGUCAGCAAUCAUGACAACAGCAACAACGGAAGACAACACUGGAGGACCUAUAUUGGAUUCAUCACUAGAAAAGGCAAUUCCGUUUGACUACGGUGCAGGACACGUUCAACCUAAUCGUGCAGUGGACCCUGGACUUGUAUAUGACCUAAAUGCUACUGAUUACAUGAACUUUCUGUGUGCUCGCGGCUACAACAGCUCUAUGCUUAAGUUGUUCUAUGGCAAGCCUUACACAUGUCCAAAGUCCUUCAAUUUGAAGGAUUUCAAUUAUCCAGCAAUUACAAUUCUAGACUUUAAAGUUGGACAAUCGAUAAAUGUUACUCGUACUCUUACCAACGUGGGUUCUCCAAGCAAAUAUACAGUGCUCAUUCAGGCUCCCCAAGAAUUUGUAGUUUCUGUUGAACCUAAGGUAUUGAGUUUUAAUCAAAAGGGUGAAAAAAGGGAGUUCAGAGUUACAUUAAGCUUCAGCCCAAAAAGUAAGGAUAAGUCUGAUUAUGUCUUUGGAAGGUUAAUUUGGACUAAUGGGAUGAACAGUGUUGGGAUACCUAUUGCACUUAACAAUCCACAUUAG